UGCUGAAGACAGGCUGAACGUCAAUGGCUCGUGAGCUGCGUCGUGCGUUUUGGUGCGGUGAUGUCCUCUGGAGCGCGCGGCUUCGCGGUGCGUAAAGACGCUUCUGUCCCAAAAUGCGCGAACUGAUCUUUUCCACAUUUUCACGCGGACUGCUCCUUUUCCUCCCGGAGAGAAAUCCGCUCCAGUAACCGGACAGAAUCUAUUUUUAACAGCCAACUCACCCAGACUGUCUGAUGCCCAGAAGAUGGACCCUCUCUACAACGCCACCGACUGUAACGGGACAACCGCGUCCGUGAACUGCAGCGACGGCUUCAACCAGUUCAUCCAGCCGGUGUGGCAGAUCACACUGUGGGCUGUCGCUUAUUGCAGCAUCGUCGCGGUGUCUGUGGUCGGAAACAUGGUGGUUAUCUGGAUUAUUCUGGCGCACAAACGCAUGAGGACCGUCACCAACUACUUUCUGGUGAACUUGGCCUUCGCCGAGGCCGCCAUGUCAGCCUUCAACACAGUGAUCAACUUCGCCUACGCCGUUCACAACGAGUGGUACUUUGGUUUGGUUUACUGCCGCUUCCACAACUUCUUCCCCAUUGCGGCCAUUUUCGCCAGCAUUUACUCCAUGACGGCCAUAGCACUGGACAGAUACAUGGCUAUCAUCCACCCGCUGCAGCAGAGGUUGUCUUCUACAGAGACCCGUGUGGUGAUCGGUGUGAUCUGGAUGCUGGCUCUGCUCCUGGCCUUCCCUCAGUACUACUACUCAGCCACCGCCCUGCUGCCUGGACGCACAGUCUGCUACAUAGACUGGCCUGAAUACACCUCUGUGGACUUCAAGAAGAUAUACUACGUGUGCGUGACACUGCUGAUCUACUUCCUGCCCCUUGGCAUUAUGGGAUGUGCGUACACGACCGUGGGCGUCACCCUGUGGGCAAGUGAGAUUCCAGGAGACUCGUCCGAACACUACAAAGAGCAACUUAUUGCCAAACGAAAGGUGGUGAAGAUGAUGAUCGUGGUGGUGUGUACGUUCGCUGUCUGCUGGCUGCCCUAUCACAUCUAUUUCUUACUGCACCAGUUCUUCCCCGAUUUGUUCGAACAGCGCUACAUCCAGCAGGUCUACCUGGGCGUCAUGUGGCUGGCCAUGAGCUCCACCAUGUACAACCCAAUCAUCUACUACUGCCUCAACAGCAGGUUCAGAGCAGGCUUCCAGCAGGUGUUUUGUUGCUGUGCCCCAACCGUCGCCAAGGAGGAACUAGAGCUCAAAUCACCACGUUACCUGCAAACACAGGUGAGCAUAUACCGAGCCAGUCGGAUGGAGACGGUUGUUUCCACCGCCGCCCAUCCAGAGCAAAAGAGGGCAGAGCUGCCGUCCUGUGCCCCUCACACCCAGUCCCACAUGGAGGUCACGUCCAACGGCUCAGGCUCUGAGACUAAGAGCCCUCAUAGUCCCUCACAGUAAAGAAAAACACCAUCAAGGGUGCAGAAACAAAGUGACUGAAACCUGGCAAGAGAUGCCAAAGAAAUCUACACUUUUAUACAGAUCAAGUGCAUUAUCCAGCCGAGGUGUUUUAUUCUAAAAGCCUUGCCAAGUGCAUUAACACCCAGUGGAUGUCAUGAGAUGUUGGACACCACAGACAUGAACCUUAGAGGCCUGAUAGAAGCAGCAGAAACACUGCAGUCGACCUCACACUGGUUUGUCCCGUCAUUCAGCGGGAGCGUGGCGCCGACACUUGACCCUCAGCAUUCUCAGGGCUGGUUUUGGAAAGUGUGACCUCCCUGGCUUCCCCUGGCAACAGUGUCACGUCCAGUUGAGUUUGUGACGCUGUGUGUUCUGUUGUCGUGUGGAAAUAGGGGAGGCAGCUUCAGAGCAUGUGUGGAGAUCUAGCACCUGUUGGACAGGAUUAGCCCCUUGUUUUGACAAUGUGUAGAGCAGGGUUCAGUUUGCGGCAGCCAGGUCACAGGCCAGCUAAAUAUAGAGGAUGGGACGGGGGGGCAAAGGGGGGGAGACACAUAUAGAACAGAUUGAUAAAGGAAAGAGUAAAGGAAAGGAUAGGAAAACAUGGGGAGCUCCACCGCUGUGGGAAGUGGUUCGUCACUGGUGAGAAAUGAUGUUAUUUCAGCCUCGCAGACAACAGCUGCACAACACCAGUCAAAGAAUGUCCACAUACAGUUUACUGGACUGUUUUAUCUGUUUAACUGCUCUGCUUCUUGUUAUGUGAGUGCAUGUUGAACAUAAAGAAUGUGUGGGGACCAAAUAUUUUAAUGUCACGUCCACAGGCUCUGCUGUACUGUAUUUGUUGUUACAGAAGAAUGGCAAUUACUACUGACUUUAUGCUUUUCAACAGAAAACUCUGUUAUUUCUUCUUUUAACUUCCUGUCUACACUGGAAAUGGGAAUGUGUUGUGUUGUGUAGAGUAAAUCCACCUCAAAGUAUCGAUAUUACAGAUAUAAAGUCUUGUUUUGAACAUCGAUACCUGCAACAAAAGGAUCCUGGAUGCAUGAACAGUCGUCUUAGUGCUGCUUUUUUUGCAUCUCUGCUGCCGUUGCCUGCAUUAACACUUCGAUUCACCACUUAAAGCAACAUUAUGAAACAAUUUUACCUUAAAAUCUCAGCUUCUGAAUCAUUGUGAUGGUUUAGCGACUUGUAACAGGAAGAAUCAUCAGUUAAAAAGACAUAGAAGUCGUUAAAAACCAGCAUUCAUCUAUGAUACUAAAUAUCAAGAGUUUGCUGCUCUUUGCACAUUUGCUGCUUUUAACAUCAAAAAGAAUCAGCAUUGGUCUGUGAUCCUGGUCCUGGUGUUAGUUGGUGUUGCAUCAAAACUAAAUUUUGUGCUGUUGGCUGCUGCUUGUGAUCAUCUCACACCUGCAAUUAAGCAAAUAUCUGAGUAGUUUUAUAAUCUAACAUACAGCGUGAUGCACUGACAACCAUUAGAGAUUAUUAUUAGAUGAGUUCUCCUGCACAGCUCUGGGAUCAGCCCUUUUAUUAUUUUGACAGUCAUGGUGACUGAGCAGGACGUGUUGUUAUUUCUGUUUCAUUAUGUAUUUAUAACUAUAUGAUAUCAUUACUGAGUGUGGCCAGUAAAUGUGUGGUGAUUUCUCUACGUGCUGAGUGGAGACUCUGCUUUGUUGCACUGUUACACACAGUUUUCCAUGAUGUGAGCUUAUUAAUGUGUAACAAGCUGAAUCUUUGAAAUUAUAUCAAUAAAACACGUAUGA